AUGGAGGACUCUCAAUACGUGCAGUGCGACGCAUGUGAUAAGUGGUGGCACUUUACAUGCGUUGGAAUAACGGAAUCUGUCGAAUCCGUGCAACAGCGUGCGUGGAUUUGUGACGAUUGCGUGCAAGGGGCAUUGAAGGUGCAAGCAGCACCGCAAGCGGGCGAGCCCAGACCAUGUGCAUCGAAAGCCCUUCCUAAGCCCAAAGUGAAGGUGGACAUUGUGGGUGAGAAAGAGACAGCGUCGGCGAUCUCAAAACGACGAGCACGUUUAUCGCUCGCAGGAGCCGACGAGUUGAGCACGUUGGAAGGAGCAAACCACGAGGCCAGAGACGCAGUUCAUAACCUCAACAAUGAUCCUGCCAGUGAUGAAGUAACAGCGCAGCUGGUUAUGCUGAAGCAGCGACAGGAUCUGGAAAAAAGGCGGUUGGAACUAGAACUCCAGCUAAAGUUCGUGCGUGAGGAAGAGGAGUUGUUAAGGUUUGGUAAAGUGGAAUUUUCGACAUUUUCACCCCAGUUUGACUCUUUUCAGCCGAAAGAGAGCGCGGUGAAAAACAGCGAAGAAGGUUCCAACAUUACUCCUCGACAAGCAGUUGCACGGAAGACGGUUUCGAAGGAACUCCCGACCUUCACAGGUGAUCCCGCUGAGUGGCCGAUAUUUAUUUCUCACUACGAGCACACCACCAGGCAAUGUGGUUAUUCAAAUUGGGAAAACAUGCUGCGGCUGCAGAAGUGUUUAAAGGGACCUGCAUUGGAAGCAGUGCGUAGUCGCUUGAUGUUGCCGGAAGCGGUACCGCGUGUCAUCGAGAAACUUCGGUCAAGGUAUGGCAGACCGGUGCUUCUCAUUAAGACCCUGAUAGCAAAGGUACGCAAGAUUCCACCUCCUCAAGUCGACAAGCUGGAGACCCUUAUCGAAUACGGCGAAGCAGUGCAGUGUAUGGUGGACCACAUGGAGGCAGCUGACGCACGGGCCCAUUUAACUAAUCCGAUGCUGUUGGAAGAAGUGGUAGGCAAGCUGCCAAAGGACCAGCAGUUGCUUUGGUCACACCACAUUCGAGGAGUGGAUGAGGACGCGGUCGAUCUGGUUAUGUUCAGCGAUUACAUGGAACAACUGGCCGAAGAUGCUGCUAGAUUAACGACGAUAGACUCUCCAUCAAUGCGUGGAACCUUUAAGGGGAAGAGGGGUAUUGUCAACACGCACGCGGAAUCAGAUAGCGAUACAACGUUAGUAGUGUCGGAGGGAAGCUGUUUGUUGUGCCAUGCCACAGGCCAUGGAUUAACCGCGUGCCAUAAGUUCAAAACCCUGCCUGUGAAGGACCGAUGGCAAAGGGCACGAGAGUUGUCGUUGUGCUUUGGUUGUUUGGGGAAGCACAACUGGCGGAAUUGCCGGAACAAAACCGUGUGCGGAAACAAUGGCUGUACGUACCGACACCAUGCUUUGUUACACGAUAAGAUGGUAUCGAGCGGUGGUGCUGGGAGAUUGGAAGGCGGAACUGUUGCAGAGAGCAAUCACCAUCAGUCCGUGGCAUCGUCCUCAACGGCAUUAUUUCGUAUUGUUCCGGUAAUGUUGUAUGGCCCAGCAACUAACGUAUCUACGUUCGCGUUCUUGGACGAAGGGUCGUCUGUGACGCUAGUGGACGAGGAUUUGGCGGUGCAGUUGGGUGUUGAGGGCGUGGUGGAACCACUUUGCAUGCGAUGGACGGGUGAUACGACUCGUGUAGAAGCCGGAUCGAGGCGAGUAAACCUUCAGGUGGGGCCUGUCGGUACUUCAAGGCGGUUUGCGGUCAAUUCGGUACGGACGGUACCCAGGUUGAAUUUGCCGCGACAAACGUUUAACAUGGAGGACGGCGGGGGUGAACAUCUGAAGAGGCUACCAAUUCAACAAUAUCGGGAUGCGGUGCCUCAGUUGCUCAUUGGGUUGGAUAACUUGCAUUUAGCUGUUCCUCUCAAGGUUAAGGAAGGGAAAGUUGGUGAGCCGAUCGCUGUUAAAACUCGUCUAGGAUGGUGCAUAUAUGGUAAACACUCUGCUAUGAUGAAUAAACGAUUGUUUCACGUAUGUGAAUGCAACGAGCAAGAAGACAUCCACGACAAAAUAAAAAUGUUUUACGAGCUGGAACAAUUAGGCGUGGCGCGUGCUGUCGAACAACAUCCUGAAAUGCUGCGCGCUCAAAAGAUCCUGGAAGAAACCACAGUUCGAGUAGGAAAUCGUUUCGAAGCUGGGUUACUUUGGAAGUCGGAUGAUGAAGAACUGCCCGACAGUUUUGAGAUGGCGCGUCGUAGAUUUUUGUGUUUGGAAAAGCGGAUGGAACGGGAUGGUGUGCUGAAGGCACAUGUUCAGCGACAGAUUGGAGAUAUGCUGAGCAAAGGGUACAUUCACAAGGCCACGGAUCAGGAACUCUCCGAGUGCGACAGGAAACGAGUGUGGUACUUGCCGAUAGGUGUGGUUAUCAACCCGAACAAACCCGGAAAAGUUCGGUUGAUAUGGGACGCGGCAGCGAAGGCUCAUGGAAAGUCUUUAAAUGACCAUCUGCUGAAAGGACCUGAUGAACUGUUACCACUGCCUGGAGUGCUGUUUCGCUUUCGAAUGUAUGAGAUAGCUACUUGCGCUGACGUUCGAGAGAUGUUUCUGCAAAUAGGAAUCCGAAAGCAAGACAAGCAAGCUCAGCGAUUCUUAUGGCGAAAAGAUUCCAACAGCGAACUGGAAACAUACAUUGUUGACGUGGUGACAUUUGGAUCGGCAUGUUCUCCGGCAACGGCCCAAUAUGUGAAGAAUCGCAACGCUCGUGACUAUAUGGCUUUAUUUCCUCGUGCGGUGGAAGGAAUACUACAAAGCACAUACAUAUGUAGAUGA